AUGACGCGAGCGUCGAAGCGUAAGGCGACGGUACCGAAGCCGACGACGAAGGCGAACGCGAAAGCAGGCACAAAGGAUAAGAAACCGACGGAGACGUCGAAGAAGGCUGAAAAGGUCGUGGCGGGUUCGCUCGCGGCGACGCAGAGCAAAGCUCCAGUGGAUCCGUUCGCAUUUGAGGAGGGUGAUGUGGUCGUCGGAUCGAUUUCCUUGACCGUAAAAUGGGUGAUGAAGGGGCACACGACAUCGGAGUGGACUUUCUCCGUUCCGGCUGACGCGACUGUCGACUCGUUGCGUAAGAUGGUCGAAGAGACAACGGACGGUGUUUUGAAGGCGCACGCAAUCAUUUUGAAGCACAAGAGCAAGGAAAUGGAUCGUACGAGCGCGCUACUGUCUGAUUACGGCAUCGGCGACGGCUCGGAAGUCGUACUCUUGCUCAACCACGAGGCGGGACCCGUCCCAGUGCCGCCGACAGCCGUGAACCACGGGUUCCCUGGAGAGCCGGUGGCGAAAAAGGCAAAGAAAGACAAGAAGGAGGGUCAGUCCGACAAGAAGCGUGAGCGUUUCACGAAGGCGGAGGCUGAAGAUCUCAUCAAGGGUGUCGAGUUGUACGGUUUGGGACAGUGGGCGCAAAUCAAGUUAGCCUACUUCAGGUCGACUCAACGUACGGGCGUCGAUCUUAAGGACAAGUGGCGUAACCUUGUGACUGCUUCGCAACGACCGCCUGGUUUCAAAUUCCGCGUCGAAUACUUGAACGAUCCAGCGUUCCUUGGUCACGUUGCCAAGGUAAACACCGACGCGUUGAGCAAGCAUCGUGAAUAA